AUGGGAGGCUGCUGCUGUUGUUCUUCCAAAGGAACUGAAAUAAGUGCUGCACCGACAUACUAUUACUAUCCAAGGUCAUCGGAUGAGCAUGUGCCAUUGUCGUCUCGCCAAGGUGUUACCUCUGCACUCUCCACAGGGCUUCUCGUUGAUACAAAUUUGGAUACAUCAAUUCCUGACACUUAUAGACCACCUCCUACCCCUAUUCCAUAUGACGUGGCUGUAGAAGGGCAUCCUCAUACUCCACCAGCGGCUCAAGAAAUUUGUGGCAACAAGAGUGAAGGUGCAGUGCUGACAACAAAUUCUGAUUCUGUUCAUGAAGCAGUUGGUGAAAAUGCUCAAGAAGCUUCAGCUAAGUGUGAAGACCUGAAGGAUUCAGACUGUAAGGCCCAAACUGAUUUUGAACUUGAUGCGGAAAAGAAGUCAGAAGUUGAACUUUCGAAGUCAGUGGAAUCUGUUGCUUUAGUACCAGAGGAAGAGGAUGUUUGCCCCACCUGUUUGGAAGAGUAUGAUGCACAGAAUCCAAAAAUUACCACAAAAUGCGAGCAUCAUUUUCACCUUGCUUGCAUUCUUGAAUGGAUGGAACGAAGUGACACAUGUCCUGUGUGCGAUCAGUUCAACCAGCAAUUGAAGUCAAGUUCUUUCCUUAUUCAAGAUUGGUUUGAGAAGCAGAGGUUACAAAUGCACGAAGGAAGAGGGGGUAGAAUUGACACUGGCUGA